AUGUAUCUCAUGUCAAUUGUCGGUCUUAGCAUCGUUGCUCUCGUUGCAGCUCAAUCUUCCAACGAUACCAUUGAUCCAAACACUAUUGACGCCCCUACAAGAUCUCAAUGGUGUACCGCCGAGAUCAACACUUGUGGUACUUUAUGUAGUGGUGCAGUCGAUGCCAAUUCCUGUGACACUAAUUCCUUGAACUACACCUGCACAUGUUCUUCCAACGGAUCCACUCCAGGUCUUCAAUACUACAGACAAACCUUGCCAACCUACAUCUGCGAAACCGUCUUCGCCAACUGCAUUGCCGCUGGUGAGAACGAUGCCGCCGCUCAAAAGCUUUGCAGGGAGACCGAAGCAAAGAACUGCGGUCAAUUGGAUCCAGAUAACUACACCGCCCCUGCCACCACUUCCGCAAGUUCGACUGCCUCCGCAACCGCCACUGGUACUUCUGCUGCAUCCGCUACCAGCGCUUCCGCCGCUGCGACCUCUUCUGCUGCCGCUUCAGCUUUGAACAUUGGCCGUGAAUAUGGUACCGGUAUCUUCGCGGCAGGUGUUGCUGCUGUCUUUGGUAUGAUGCUUUGA